GCGCGAUGCCGACCCUACAGUGCUACUUGAGGCCUGACCUCUGUAGCCAGCUGCUCCCAGUGGUGGCCUCACGUGGUCCGGUGACCUUUUGCUCUAGCUGGGCAGGGCUGAGGAUGGGGUUAGGCCCUCCAGCUCCUGGGAGGACUGGGGUCAGUUUCCCCUCAGGCACUGUGCCCUCCUCCUCUAUUCUUGUUUGGCUGUGUGGGGUGAUUCAGGGGUGACUCAACAACCAGGUGCAUAUGCCCAGAUUCCUUGGAAAUAGCAUGAGGUGGUAUGCUGUAUACCCUGGCCAUGACACCCAUGGGAAGGUGAAAAACCUAGCGGGGAGGGCAUUUCUUCUCCCAACCGUGUGGCCACUGGGCGCUGGGUCUCUGAAAGGCGGAGGAAUAGGGGUCAGAGCUGCCUGCUUUGAUUCCUGCCUCUGCCCCAGCCAAGCCCGCAGCCUGGCUUCAGGCCAGCAGCACAGCAGCAGGCUCAGUAAGUCCCAGGGGCGUGGCACGGUGGGUGGUGGGGCCAGCCUACACCAGCCGGGCCGGGCUGGCAGCAGCAAGACGCGCAGUCCAUGGACAGGAACAGACGUCGGACGCUGCACUGACAGCACAGGAGUCCAGAUAGGGAGUGCGGCCAUGAGUCCCCUGCUCUUCUAUGCCCUGCCUGCCCUGGGCAGCUACAUCGUGCUCUCCAUCUUCUUCCUGCGCCGGCCUCGCCUGCUACAUGCACCCUGUACUCCAGCUUUCUGUCCCCGCCUGGUGGCUCACCGGGGAGGGUCUGGAGAGCGGCUGGAGAACACCAUGGAGGCCGUAGAGAACCCCUCUGACCUUUGUUCUCAUAGCUCCGUGGCUCAGGGAGCUCAGCUCCUGGAACUCGACUGCCAGCUGACCCGGGAUGGUGUGGUGGUAGUGUCACAUGACAAGAACCUGUCCCGCCAGUCAGGCCUGAAUAGGGACGUGGGCAGCCUGGACUUUGAGGAGCUGCCCUUGUACAAGGAGGAGCUGGAGGUUUACUUCUCACCAGGCCACUUUGCCCAUGGGUCAGACCGGCACAUGCUGAGGCUGGAGGACCUGUUCCAGAGGUUCCCACAAUUGCCCAUGACCGUGGAGGUCAAGGCAGACAACGAGGAGCUCAUUCACAAGAUCGCAGGCCUGGCAAGGCGCUUUGACCGCAGUAAGAUCACCAUCUGGGCCUCAGAGAAGAGCUCAGUCAUGAAGAAAUGCAGGGCUGCCGUGAGUCUCUCUCCCUCCAGGCCUGGUGCCUUCCUUCUAGGCACUGUAGCCCAGCCUCACCCAAGGCUCCAGGGCCAGGGGUUGGAGCACAGUGGCAAGGUGCUGGUGACAAGGUGUGACUGUGGCCUGUCCUCACCAUCCGGCAUGUUCUCUGCAGCCACUGCCUCCUCCCCUACAGCAGGAUCUCCUUUCUCACUUCUCCCCUCACCUCCCCAGAACCCAGAGAUGCCACUGUCCUUCACGAUAUGCCGGUCAGUCUGGAUGGUGCUGCUCUUUUACCUGGGACUGCUGCCCUUCGUCUGCAUCCCUGAGAAGUUUUUCUUGUGCUUCCUGCCUACCAUCAUCAACAGGACCUACUUCCCAUUUUCCUGCUCAGGACUGAACCGGCUGGCAGCCGCGGUUACGAAAUGGGCCAUCAUGAGGAAAAGUCUGAUCCAACACUUGGAGGGGCGAGGGGUGCAGGUGAUAUUUUGGUGCCUUAAUGAAGAGUCAGAUUUUGAAGUGGCCUUCAGCCUGGGGGCCACUGGUGUCAUGACUGAUUACCCCACAGCCCUGAGGAAGUACCUGGAUACCCACAGACUAGCGAGCCAGACCUCCUAUGUCUGACACCUCCUCUGUUUUCCUUCCUGAAGAAUAAAUUGUCUUUUCUGCCAC